UAGAGCUCAUGGCCCUGCACACUCAGACAGCUUGAAGAGUGAAAGCACUUCAUGAAAACAGAGAUCUUUCAUAUCUGAGAGAAGUAAGCUGCUGUACAAAGAUUUGAGGAUUCAACAGAUCAUUUUUAGUAUUUUAUUCUCUAAUUUCCACCAUUUGAGACAAAGAUGAAUCCUGCCAGCCAGUGUAUCGUUCUCCUGGCCUGUGUUGCCAUUUGCACCUCAACACCUAUUUUAAAGUGCCAGUGCAUAAAGGAGAAAAAAGAAGUCAACUCGUCUCUCAUUGUUGAUGUCACCGUGUAUCAACCAAGUUCAUACUGCAACAAGCAGCAAGUCAUUGUUACACUGAAAGAUAACAGCUUCCGGUGUCUUGACCCAAAUUCAAAAUUUACGAAGCUAGUCCUGCAAAGAAAGGAAAUCAGGAAGAAUGCAGCUAAGAUGACCUCCAGCUCCAAUACAACCACAGUGGCUGUCACAUCAGUAGCAACAUCAUCAUAACACACAUUGCUGCUGUUUACUGUUGUUACAAUGGAGGGGAGUUGCGGCUGGUGCAGGCACUGCUUUUAUCUCCAAAAUGGACACGUGAAAGAAAUGAGAAUUAAAGAGAGAGAGAGAAAUCACAAUAUUUAACAGCUAGAGGUGAACAUUUAGGGGACAUAGGGGACAUAUAUUAGUGAAAAGUAUUUGAUUCACUUGUCCAAUUUGGACAAGUGAAACAAAUGAAAGUUUAAGAGGAGCAUUUUUUUAUACUGGAAGCCAAAGACAAAAUUAAAAUGUAAACAGAGAAAAAUCCUAACAUUUAACAGUCAAAGGUGGAUGUUGGAACAUUUAGGAGACAUCCUGUGAAGAAAGAUGAAGAAAGUGAACAGUUUGCAUGAGGAGAGAUGUAAUAAACUCUGUCUUUGUUAAAGCUCUACCUCUGAUAAGUAAGGAAAGAUCUUCAAUCUGCUGUGCUGCAGUCCUUUCAUUUGAACCCAUGAACCAUGGUGUGAAAACAUUGUUUGUGAUGGAAAUGAAUAUAUAAAAUAUCUGCAUUACAGUCCAUGUUUCAAUAAAUGGUAUUUCGAGUCUGUCUUUGUUAUACUAUUUUGUAUGUGUUUUGAAUAAUUUAAGCUUUUCUUGCCACAUAUUUAAUCUAUAUUGUAUGAUGCAAACCCUUCCUGUAUGAUGGUGUAAAUUAACAUAUCCAAACUUAAAAUAAUAAAGAUUUAAAUAGA